CUGAAGAUUGUAGCAAAAAAAAAAAAUUUUGGCGCCUUAAUAAGAGUGUCAACAAAGUUUGGCGGGAAGGUCGUGGCGGCUCUGGUGUCUCCUCAUAUUUUACUGUUUUCUCGUGGUAACAGCAGUAGGUGUUAGGAGACUUACCCAGCCAGUAACUCGAUAAAGUCAAUGUGGCAGUCAGUGCAUCCUGUCAGCAAAUUGGAAAUUGUUUCAAGAUCUAAAGAUCUUGCUUUACCACUGAAUCACCAUGUCAUCGCCUAGCCGUCACCCUGCGUCAUCACCUAGCCGUCGCAGCACUCGUUCAACACCCAGCAAGCGCAGUGACACAGGUGAACUUGUUCCCUUACCCGUGUCAUCGCCCAGCCGUCGUAGCACACGUUCAACACCUAGUAAGCGGAGUGAUACAAGUGAUCUUGUUCCCUUACCACCAUCAUCACCUGGCUCAGAGCUACUACCAGCCACCUCUCCAGCUCCAGUACGCUUCAACCCUGCGGUCAGUGAAGUGGAUUUAAGCUCUCCUCUUAAUUAUGGAACACCAAGCAGUGUUGGAUCAUCACUUCGAACUCCUCGCUCUGGAGUCCGUGGAACUCCCAUCCGCCAUCGAUCAGACAUCCGUUCUGACCGUCGUAUUAGACAGGUGAACAUCUCCACUGACCCAGCUAGUGAAUCUAAUGUGGAGGGGCCAGCUGCCACAUCAGCACCACCUGGGGGUUCAGCCCAGACAGAGGGACCCCAAGGUCCCCAACUUGUUAUCUGGGGUACAGAUGUGGUUGUAGCAGAAUGCAAGGAACGGUUUAAGACACUCGUACUUCGUUUUGUGGACCCGGCAGCAGAAGAGGAUGAAAGAGUUGAGGGCAUGAACACUGAUGAACCACUCUAUCUGCAAAAAUUAGAAGAGAUUCACACAUUGGAGGAACCUUUCCUGAACAUCAACUGUGCCCAUCUCCAUCAAUAUGAUUCGGACCUGUAUCGCCAGCUCAUUUGCUACCCACAGGAGGUAAUUCCCACUUUUGACAUGGCUAUUAACGAAAUGUUCUUUGAGCGAUACCCUGAUACCAUUCUGGAACAUCAAAUCCAAGUGCGACCUUUUAAUGCUGAGAAGACCAAAAACAUGCGAGCAUUGAAUCCAGAAGACAUUGAUCAGCUCAUCACCAUCUCGGGUAUGGUAAUUCGCACUUCCAACAUCAUACCUGAAAUGCGUGAGGCUUUCUUCCGUUGCCAUGUUUGUUCCUUCACAACCACAGUCGAGAUUGAUCGUGGUCGAAUUGCUGAGCCAACUCUCUGCACCCACUGCAACACCAAUCACUCGUUCACAUUAAUUCACAAUCGCUCACAGUACUCUGAUAAACAGAUGAUUAAAUUACAGGAAAGUCCAGAUGACAUGCCUCCUGGUCAAACUCCUCAUACUGUGCAUGUUUAUGCCCACAAUGACCUUGUAGAUGGAGUUCAGCCUGGUGACCGUGUCACAGUUACUGGCAUCUACAGAGCCACUCCCUUGAGGGUGAACCCUCGUAUGCGGAAUUUGAAGAGUGUUUACAAGACACACAUUGAUGUUGUUCACUUCCGUAAAGUGGACUCGAAAAGACUUCAUGGACAGGAAGAAGGAGAGACGCCACGUUUUCCUCCUGAGCGGAUUGAAUUGUUAAAAGAGUUGUCUCGUAAGCCUGAUGUGUAUGAACGUCUUGCCCGUGCAAUUGCUCCUUCAAUUUAUGAAAAUGAAGAUAUCAAGAAAGGUAUAUUGCUGCAACUGUUUGGUGGUACUAGGAAAGACUUCACUAAUGCUGGAAGAGGACACUUCAGGUCUGAGAUAAAUAUUCUCUUGUGUGGUGACCCUGGAACAUCAAAGUCUCAGCUGUUGCAGUACGUGUACAAUCUUGUUCCACGGUCACAGUACACGAGUGGCAAGGGUUCUUCAGCUGUUGGUCUGACUGCCUAUGUUACUAAAGACCCCGAAACUCGACAGCUGGUAUUGCAGACUGGCGCUCUUGUUUUAGCUGAUAAUGGUAUUUGCUGCAUUGAUGAAUUUGACAAGAUGAACGAUUCCACAAGGUCAGUGCUGCAUGAAGUGAUGGAACAGCAAACGCUUAGUAUUGCAAAAGCAGGAAUAAUUUGUCAGCUUAAUGCCAGGACCUCUGUCCUGGCUGCUGCCAACCCUGUUGAGUCACAGUGGAACAAAAACAAGACAAUCAUUGAGAAUAUUGAACUUCCCCACACUUUACUCUCACGUUUUGACCUCAUCUUCCUUAUCCUGGAUCCACAAGACGAGUUGUAUGAUCGUCGACUAGCACGUCAUCUAGUUUCUUUAUAUUAUCAUUCAGAAGCUAUGAGUGAAGAAGAAAUGUUGGACAUGAGUAUUCUUAGAGACUAUUUAGCAUAUGCUCGUGAAUAUGUCCACCCAAAGCUUUCUGAAGAUGCUUCUCAACGUCUCAUCUCUGCUUAUGUUGAUAUGCGUAAGGUGGGCAGCGGCCGAGGGCAGGUGACUGCCUAUCCUCGUCAGCUUGAGUCUCUGAUCCGUCUGGCUGAGGCACAUGCUAAAGUUCGUCUGUCUCACAUGGUGGAAGUUGCUGAUGUGGAAGAGGCAUGGAGACUGCAUCGUGAAGCCCUCAAGCAAUCUGCUACUGAUCCAAUGUCUGGCAAGAUUGAUAUCAGCAUCCUGACAACAGGUCUGAGUUCUGCUGCCCGGAAGAGACGUGUUGAAGUGGCCCAGUCUCUCAAGAAGCUGAUUCAAGCAAAGGGCAAGGUGGUUACUCUCAACUUCCAGAAGGUGUUCCAGGAACUGAAGGACUCCUCUGACUUGAUGAUCACACGUGAAAUGUUUGAAGAUGCACUUCGUGACCUCCAGGACGAUGAAUUCCUUGCUCUCACUGGCAAAUCUACUAUUCGUAUAAUUCACUAGAGACCGGAAAACUGAAAAAUUAUCAGUUGUACAGGCUUCAUCAAUUUACUCUGUGAAUUACAAAAUCUAAUUUUUAUAUCUAUAUAUAUAUAUAUAUAAUAGCUUAACUUUUAAACAUUGUGCCAUUAUGACCUAUCUUGGGGUAGAGCACAUUUUGAAUAUAAUAAUGAUUCAGAACGUAGUCAUAUAUUGAGCUCCAAAUGCGUGUGCAUAAGGAACAUGCCUAACUGAAGUAACAUUGAAUAAAAAUAGUGGUACAUGUUUAUGUAGAUUAUAUUAAUAAAAUAAGCAAAUUGU